UUUUCCGCGGCCGCUGCUCUCGCUGCAGACAUGGCGGCGCUGCUGAGAGGUCUGCGGGCCGGAGGGGCUCUGCGGGCUGUGCGGGGGCUCCGAGAGCUCCGGGGAGCUGUGGCUGCCCCAGCAGCCCCGAAGCCUCCGUGUAGCAGCCUGACUCGAGGUUUCCACCGUGCUGCGCUGAGGCUGCAGGACGAGACCAAAGCAGACAACCCAGCCUCCUCCUCAUCCUCUUCAUCCUCCUCAUCCUCCAGCAGCUACCACGAGCACUACCAGGCUCAGUCUGCAGAGCAGGACACAGACACAACAGCGUCUGACAAGACUGAGAUACCCAACACCAGUUACCAGGAUCAGAGCGGGGAGCAGGGGGAGGAGUACGAGACGGAGGAACAGCUGCAGGCCCGAAUCCUGACCGCCGCCCUGGAGUUCGUCCCGAUGUACGGCUGGUCCAUGGAGGCCAUCGGAGCAGGCGCGGAGACUCUGGGUCUGUCCUCGGCUUCCACCGGAAUGUUCUACAACGGAGGAGGAGACCUGGUCCUGCACUUCAUCGCUCAGUGUAACUCCCAGCUGACACAGAUCCUGGCUGAGCAGCACAACCAGGUCCAGCUGGGACAGGCAGAAGCGAAGGAGACGGCCGUCUUCCUCCGAGACGCCGUGGAGACCCGGCUGAGGAUGUACAUCCCCUACAUCGAGACAUGGCCGCAGGCCAUGAGCCUCCUGCUGCUGCCCCACAACAUCCCCGACAGCCUGAAGCACCUCUCCGCCCUGGUGGACGACAUCUGGUAUUACGCCGGGGACCGCUCCACAGACAUGAACUGGUACACCAAAAGAGCAGCACUGACCGGGAUCUUCAACACCACCGAGCUCGUCAUGCUGCAGGACACGUCUCCGGACUUCCAGGACACCUGGAACUUCUUGGACAACCGCAUCCAGGAUGUGGUUAACAUGGCGUCCACAGCCAAACAGGUGCAGUCGACCGGUGAGGCCGUGGCUCAGGGGCUGAUGGGAGCUGCUGUUACUCUGAAGAAUCUGACAGGACUCAACCAGAAACGAUGAUGUGGAUCGUCUCCUUCUCCAGCUGAACACUUGAUCGCUGAUAAACUGUUAAAAAAAAUAAAAAUAAAGAGUCUCUCUGAGAAGACUGAAUCACGAGCUUUACCAAGCAGGGAACCUUCUUUUUUCUGUGUUUGUGUUCAUUUCCAGGACGACUGGCUCUGAUUUGUUUUGUUUCCCUGUCCCACACUUCAUGCAGAAAACUCACACCUGUCAUUCAAUUCGUAAAUCAAAAUUCUUCAAUAAAGUAGAUGUUAUAUAUAUUUAUUAAUUUUGUCUCCAGUUCUUGAGUCUGGCUGGUUGAAAUUCAUCUGGAUAGUUUGAUUUUUGUCUUACAAAAAACUGACUUAAACUCCUCUAGUCACCCGCAAACCACCCCGAAAGAGAGAUCAUGAGUUUUUAGGAGUUUGUAAAGCUACAAUGGAACAUUUGUGCACACUACAUUUUUCUUCUGUGAAAUACACAUUUAAAGACAGGAUGAAAAAGUUUUUUAAUGCUAUGAUUAAAAAUGGAGCAAUACAUUCAA